AAAAAAACAAAUUGAAUGGGGCCCUCAUUAUAUCGGGCCCGUCCCUUUUUUUUUCUUGAAAGAUAAAAUUUUAAAACGCUGCGUUUAGUUCUUUAAAUGAGACGAAUACGCGCGUUUUGAAGUUGGUUAUAUAACGGAAAGUUUCAGAGGUGAGAGUUUGAGAAGACGAAGAAGAAAAGAACGAAAGAAAAGAUCAGAAGAAGAAGUAAGCUUUGCGAUGGGUGAUGAUGAUCAUAAGCCUCCGCCAACAACGGAGGAGAUUCGCCAGAAGAUGAUCAGCUCCUUUACUACUGAGAUCACAUCUUCUUCGGAACAAGUCGCUAUCCUCAUUCUUGAAGCUCAUCAAUGGGAUAUCGCCGCUGCAGUCUCCGCCUUCAGAGACGCCGUCGUCGCAGCAGCCGACGCCGCCUCCACCGCCAGGGAAAAUGCUCAUUCUACGAUACGGUUGCGAUCACCACGGUCUCCUUCUCGUGCCUUCUCUCCUAGCGAUGGGAACAUCCUCAGCGACUCCGAUGAAAAAGAGAACGACGAUGCUAUGGAAUCAGAUGAUGUAGACAGAGAUCUACCAUCAUCAUCAUCAUCAUUAGCAUCAUUACCAAGAAGACUAAAGUUCAGAAGCUUAAGCGAAAUUCUUUCAGUUACUCCACAAGUGAUCCCGCGCACUGUCACUCUUUAUAGGAAUGGUGUCACUUUCGAUGAUGAUAAUAUAUUAUGGCCAUUGGAUGAUCCCCAAUGUGCAGAGUAUCUUGAGUUCGUAGAAAGCUUGGAGUCACCACGUUCACUCGAUUCUCCAGGUGGCAAACGGCGUGUCCUUAUCACACUCAUUAGGCGUCAACAAGAAGACUUCCAUGAGCCACCAAAACCAUUCCAAGGUGUGGGAAGAACUCUAGCCGAGCCAGACUCUGUCCCACCAGCUUCAUCCGACUCACUGACCACAGAAGCAACAACAUCAAUGGAUCCCACAGCUCCAACAACCUCGAUCAAGGUCAUAUUAGCAGACGGCACACCCAUUGUCUCCCGGUUCACUACUACUCACCAUACCAUCAGAGACGUUCGAGACUUCAUUGACGCGGCUACACCAGGUGCCUCCAGAGACUACCAAUUACUCAUCAUGGGGUCGUCUCCUCCUACACCACUGACGACUGACUUAGACCAAACCAUCGACCAAGCUGGCAUCUCCAACUCUGUUCUCACCCUGAAGUUCUAGACCUUCCUCUUAUGCACAUAAAAUAUAUUACACAUGUUGAUAUCAUCAAAACACACGCUUUUUGUUGUUUUGACUUUCUUUUCUCUAGGCUAAAAGUCUUUUACUUUAUAAAUAAAAACGUUCGACUUUUAAAAUUUUAAAUAAAAAUUAGGUUGUCAGUGUGCAGUUUGCUUUUGAGUUUGUAUAUGCAUAAGUUUAAUUUGGGCGAAAAAGGAGCGCCCUUUAUGCAACAUUUAUUUGAUCACAAUUUAAUUUUUCUAAUAGUAACUAGAAAUAAUUAUUUGAUAAACUUAUAUUUAUUCAUUCUCUCUAUUAUUUGAUUUAUCUUUUGAUAUAUGUCAACUAGAAAUAAUUAUUUGAUAACAAUUUAUUUUUUAUAAAAUGUUAAACAGAAGAUAAUUGUAAAAGGUUAUAUGCUAGUAAUUUUCCUUUCCUAAAAUCCUACCCAAAAAAUGUAAAAUAGUAUUUGAUAUAUAUAUAUAUAUAUAUUUGAUUGUAAAUGAAAAGGAGCACUUUUUAAAAACAAUCUAAAAAAAUUAAAAUUUUAAAAUUAUUUAAUAAUAAUUUAAAAAAAAAUUUGAUGACAAGUAUGAUGUUAAAACUAUUUAAUUAACUUCAUACCAAAAAAAACUAUUUAAUUAACAAAAAUUAAAAAAAUUAGGAUGUUGUCAUGAUUGCUAUUUAUAUGUGUUUGGUCAUAUGAAGAUCAUACACAUGUUUGAUAUGUAUUUGCUUGUUUGGUCAUAAGAAAUAGAUUAUUAUUAUUCUCACGAAGUGAUUUUUACAUGCAUUUUGUUAAAAAAAUCAAGCUUCAUCGCCAUCUUAUUACAUUUUUGUUUUUAUUAUGUAAUAUUUUUCUACUUCAUUUUUAAUUAAAAUACUGUUAUAGAAAUAUAUCAUUAAGAAAUAAUGAAUUAAGAAAAUUAUUAAGCAUCAGAUAAGUUUAAUAAAAUAUUAAAUUAUUACAUAAGAAAGUAUAUGAUGUUGUCAUUGACUCAAUUGACUUUAUUUAACUUUUAAUUUUUAUUUCAUUCUAAUUCUUAAUUCGGGUUGGAUUGAGUUUAAAGUUAUAGGUAUGAGUGUUUUCUCUAGCACUAAGUAGAAAGUUGAUAAAAAUUACCUAUGCACCAUGCUUAUAAAAUAUAAAUAUUAACUGGAAUUUGUGUAAAAAUGAGUUCUUAAUUAUAAAAUAAGUCUCACACAACAUAUGAAAAACAAUCCUAAAAGUAUAAUAAAAUGAUUUAUUACUUUUAUUUUCUUAUUAAAUUAAAGCAUCAAACAAAAUUCGUUGCAACGCACAGACUUAUAUCUAGUAUAUCUAUAAAGUAAAAGUACAAGAAUCUUUAUUUUUUUAAUGAAAUCUAUUUUUGUUAUUUUUUUUCUUUUUUUGUGCUAUUUUUGUCAAAUAAAUAAAAUUUAAAUUUUUUUGGAAGAUUUGCCCAUAAUAAAUGUUUGUCGAGAUAUUUUAAACCUAUACUAGGUUAGCUUUUGAAUCCAAGACAGCUUCAAGAGAUGGGUGCUGACAAGCCACUUUCUAUUAGUUAACUCUAUACUCAUCAUUUAUUCCAAAUAUAAAAUAAUGCUUACCUGUGUUUGUGUUUGAAUUUAGUUAUUUAAUAA